AACAUCAUCGAUAACAUCACCACCAACAUCACCGAUAACAUCAACAACAUCACCGUUAACACCACCAACAUCACCACCAACACCAAUACCAUCACCACCAACAUCAUCACCACCAACAACAUCAAUACCAUCACCACCAUCACCAAUACCAUCACCACCAUCACGAGACACCACCAUCAACAACAACAUCACCACCAUCAACAACAACAUCACCACCAUCAACAACAACAUCACCACCAUCAUAGCCAUCACCAAUAUCGACACCAGCGCAAGCACCACCAUCAACGUUCACAACGUUUCACACCAUCACCCACAUCAUCAUCGCCGACACCAUCCCUGAACUUUUUAACAUCACCAAAAACGGAUCACCCAUCACCACCACCAUCACCACCAUCACCGAUAACAUCAACAACAUCACCACCAACAUCACCGAUAACAUCAACAACAUCACCGUUAACACCACCAACAUCAACACCAAUACCAUCAUCACCAACAUCACCAAUACUAUCACCACCAUCACCAAUACCAUCAUCACCAACAUCACCAAUACCAUCACCACCACCACCAUCACCACCAUCACGAGACACCACCAACAACAUCAUCACCAUCAAAGCCAUCACCAAUAUCGACACCAGCGCAAGCACCACCAUCAACACUCACAACGUUUCACACCAUCACCGACAUCAUCAUCGCCGACACCAUCCCUGAACUUUUUAACAUCACCAAAAACGGAUCACCCAUCACCACCACCAUCACCACCAUCACCAUCACCACAAUGUCUAUCCUGCAGUCGGCCUUCGAUUUCUUUGGAGGCAACGCGGCCCGAGACGAGAAGGACUUCGUGGGCAACACGGUGGAGCUGGGCAAGCAGAAGCUUCGUGUCAAGGCCGUUCUGGCCGAGGGAGGCUUUGCAUUCGUCUAUGAAGCUCAGGAUGUCGGCAAUGGCAAAGAGUAUGCCCUCAAGAGGCUGCUGUCAGAUGAAGAGGAGAGGAGCAAGGCUAUCAUUCAGGAGGUGCACCUGAUGAAAAAAGUGUCCGGGCAUCCAAACAUUGUGCAGUUCAGCUCGGCAGCCUCCAUCAGCAAAGAGGAGUCCGACACGGGCAGAGCUGAGUUCCUCAUCCUCACCGAGCUUUGUAAAGGUCAGCUCUCGGACGGGCUGAAGCGCGUCGAGCUGCGGGGCCCCGUGCCCUGCAACACGAUCAUCAAGGUGUUCUACCAGGCGUGCCGCGCCGUGCAGCACCUCCACCGCCUCAAGCCGCCUGUCAUCCACCGAGACCUCAAGGUGGAGAACCUGCUGCUGAGCUCGCAGGGCAACGUGAAGCUGUGCGACUUUGGCAGCGCCACGACCGUGUGCCACUACCCGGACUACAGCUGGUCGGCGCAGAAGCGCGCCGAGGUGGAGGAGGAGAUCAUGAGGAACACCACUCCCAUGUACCGGACUCCGGAGAUGCUCGAUCUGUAUUCGAAUCUUCCCAUCACAGAGAAGCAGGACAUCUGGGCGCUGGGCUGCGUCCUCUACUUGCUCUGCUUCCAGGAGCAUCCGUUUGAGGACGGAGCAAAGCUGCGGAUCAUCAACGGCAACUUCAGCAUCCCGCCGGGCGACACGCGCUACGCCGCCCUGCACCCGCUCAUCCGCUCUAUGCUGAAGGUGCACCCAGAUGAACGGCCAGGAAUAGCGGAGGUCAUCGCUCAGCUGCAGGAGAUCGCCACUGCGCGUGCCGUCAACCCCAAGCUGCCAAUCACAGAGUUGUUUGACGGAGGAGGCUCCCUGGGCAUUGGCAUUUCCCCGUCUGUCACCGCUAAUUUCCAGCCUGCACCCGAAAACCGCAUGGAGCCACACGGCCUCACGAGCUCGGAGGGCGACCCUCAGCAGGUCGGCGGGCUGCUGGACAUCAUGAAGGGCGGCGCAGGCCGUCUCUUCAGCAACAUCAAGGACACGUCCUCAAAGGUCAUCCAGUCGGUCACCAGUUACACGAAGGGAGACCUGGACAUCUCGUACAUCACGACGCGGGUAGCAGUCAUGUCGUACCCGGCGGAGGGAGUCGAGUCGGCGUUCAAGAACCACAUUGAGGACGUCCGCGCGUACUUGGACUCGCGGCACCCCGACCACUACGCCGUUUUCAACCUCUGCCAGCGCGGCUACCGCCCCGCGCGCUUCCACAACCGGGUCUCGGAGUACGCCUUCCCGACACGCCGCGCUCCCAACCUCGGCUGCCUCUACACCUUCUGCAAGGACCUGCUCGUGUGGCUCAAGCAGGACCCCAAAAACAUCUGCGUCGUGCACUGCCUGGACGGGCGUGCCGUGUCGGCGGUGGCGGUGUGCUCCUUCCUGUGCUUCUGCCGGCUCUUCAGCACUGCCGAGGCGGCGCUCUACAUGUACAGCCUGCGCCGCUGCCCUCCUGGAAUCUGGCCGUCGCACAAGCGCUACAUCGAGUACGUGUGCGACAUGGUGGCGGACGAGCCCAUCAUCCCGCACGGCAAGCCCGUGUGCCUGCGCUCCGUGACGCUCUCUCCCGUGCCGCUCUUCAACAAGCAGCGCAACGGCUGUCGCCCGUUCUGCGAGGUCUACGUCGGGGAGGAGCGAAUCCUCACCACCUCGCAGGAGUACGACAAGAUGAGGGAUUUCCAAGUGGAGGACAAGAAGGCGGUGAUUCCCAUGGGCGUGACGGUGUCGGGCGACAUCCUGAUCAUCAUGUACCACGCAAGGUCCACACUCGGAGGACGCCUGCAGGCCAAGAUGACCUCGAUGAAGGUGUUUCAGAUCCAGUUCCACACGGGCUUCAUACCAAGGAACGCCACGUCCAUCAAGUUUUCCAAGUACGACCUGGACGCGUGCGACAUCCAGGAGAAGUACCCGGAGCUCUUCCAGGUGGUGUUGGAGCUCGAGGUGGAGCCCCGCGACCGCCCCUCGCCGCACCCGGCCCAGCCCUGGGAGUCCUUCUCCGCGCGAGGCCUCACCCCCAAGCCGCUCUUCUCCAGCCGCGACGAGCAGAUCAGCACCCUCGCCUCGUUCGGCAAACCAGAGCUGCCCAGGGAGCCUGGAUCCGGCACGCAGUACGAUUCCGGGAGUCCAGCGCAGAAUCCAAGCGCGGUGGAAUCGGACGAGCCGGGGUGCAGCAACUCCCACUCCAGCGCCGCUUGGGAGCAGCACCAGGGAGAGGAGGCGGAAGCGUUGUGCAGCGAUGCAGAAGGCAGCGACGGCGAGGCCUACGCCGACUCCGUGGAAGGGCUCGCCCCUGCCGAGGACCGGCACGGCACCGAGAACCUCUUCGACGCCGACUUCACCUCCGCCGCGCCGCCGGCAUCGCAGCCGGAGGCACCGGCGCCGACCGUCGACUUGCUCGGCCUGGGCACCCACGACGGGUUGCCCUCCAUCGCCGCGGCGACGUCGCAGAUGAAGGCGUCGGGGAGCAACGCCGACCUUCUGAGCGACCUCUUUGCCGGGGAGCAGCAGCAGCAGCAGCAGCAGCAGCGCCGGCAGCAGCACGUGACGGAAACGGCCACCGCCGACUUGCUCGGAGGAGGAGGAGGGGUCGCCGAUUCGGAAGGUUUCUUCUCCGAGUCGGUGCCCGUCGCGCCGCCGUCGCAGCCGAGUGUGCAGCCGCCACCCCAGGAGUCGGGUGGCGUGUUCGACCCCUUCUCGCUGGGUCCCACCCCGAGCGUGGCGACCGGUGACCUGUUUGGGGGGUUCCUCUCUCCCAACACCCCCCUCGUACACAGCGCGCACGGCUCCAACUCCGACCUCUUCAGUCUGGGAGGGUUUGCGCCGCCCGCUGUCGCUAAGACCCCCGAGCCCGGCAAACCGGACCUGAUCGGCGGGUGGGACAUGGGGCCUUCUGCGUCCACCGCGAGCGUGCCGUCGCAGCCGUGGAGCGCGGGCGGCGGCGGCCAACCGGCCACUGGAGCCUCAACCGGUGUGACGGGCAGCUCCACGGCUGCCCCCCAGCCCGGCAAACCGAAAACCUUUGACCCCUUUGCGGAGCUGGCCAGCCUGGGAUCCGGCCUACCUGCAGGUGGCAACCUGUUUUCGCCCAAGCAAAGUCCUCACCCGGCGAGCAACCACCAGCCGAGGCCCGGCCAACCACAGGGCCCGGCGGCAGCGGCGGCGGCAGCGGCGUCAGCGCCCGGAGCGGGGCAACCGAAGCUGAGCACGGCGCCGAGCGCAACUCGAGCUCCGCAGGCGCCGACCUGGCAACCGCAGCAGCAGCAGCAACAACAGCAGCAGGCUCCGGCGAAGCCCAACUACAACGUCAACCUGGGCAGCGUCAUCGGCAGCCGGGAAGACCGCGGCAAGAGAGCCGCGGGGUUCGGGGCGCGGCCCAAGGUGCUGGAGAGCGACUUUGAGGACCUCCUCUCCAAGCAGGGCUUCUCGUCCGCCGGCGGCAAGGACCGGCGCCAGCCUCGCACCAUCAAGGAGAUGAUGAAGGAGGAGAUGGCCAAGGACAUGGACCCCGAGAAGCUCAAGCUUCUCGAGUGGAUCGAAGGAAAGGAGCGGAACAUCCGCGCCUUGCUGUCCACUCUGCAGGCCGUGCUGUGGGAGGGCGAGUCCAAGUGGCGGCCGGUCACCAUGGCCGACCUGGUCACGGCCGACCAGGUGAAGCGAGUCUACCGCAAGGCGGUGCUCAUCGUGCAUCCUGACAAGGCGACGGGACAGCCCUACGAGCAGUACGCCAAGAUGAUCUUCAUGGAGCUGAACGACGCGUGGGCAGAAUUCGAAAACCAGGGACAGCGCUCGCUCAUGUAGCACGGCGCACGCGACCGGCUGACGGGCACGGAGGCUCCGAUCUCCGUGGUCUUGGCGCGGUAUUCUGCGUAACGCGUGCGAUAAGCCACGCGAUCACCUGCCGCGGAAUGAGUGAGGUGUAAAUAAGGGUACCACGUGCGGCGGGAAGUUAAAACAUUUCCAAGAAAUCGGGAAUUGCAGGACACUCGCCUUUGAGGCUCGCUGCUGCUGCUGCUGCCACGGCGGCUGCUUGUCGCGGGGGUGGAAUUAGUAUUUUUUUUUUACUUGCACAUUUCCUCCACAACGAUGUUGUUCAUGCGUACGUCCGGUAUACGCGCAACAUGCACAGUCAGUCUUCUCAAUGUGGCAUACACUGUGUGUGGUUAGUAUACCGAUAAUCUACGCUUAUAUAAUACCGUAUAGCGUGCGGAGGUGGUGAAAGAGCAAGAGUGGUGCGAGUGACGUGUACCGUAACCAGUGGCAGACCGUGGCAAUAUCCCUGCUGCCUUGUCCUAAUACACUUUCCCAAACGGCGACGCGCGGAUCGGUGGGUCGCACAGCCUCCCGACGGAACAACUUUGGAAUGCAAUCGGUCAGAUGGUCGUUGACGUUCUUGGUGGGGACAGGCUUCUUCUAUCUGUGUCGCGUUAUAUAUAUUUUUUUCACACGCUUUAUAAUUUAUCUCAUCACGACUUAACCUUUCUGGGGGGGGACGGGGGGGAAAACAGAUUUGAGUUACCUCCUCUGCGAAUGACAUCGGAAUUAAAUCGUUCAAAUGAUCGUCGGGAGUUUUUGAUGGGACAGGGUUCUUUAGAAGCCGUCGUGUUGUUUUACACGUCAUAAUUUAUCUCACCGUAACUUAACCCUCUCGAACGGAUGACGUCGGCGUUCAUUCGCGUGCACACACACACAGCCAUGCGAGUCACUGUCGUGUAGAGUUGUGAACUUUGACGGCGCGAUGGGCCUUGCGUCGCGGGACCGGCUCCUGUGAGACGUAGAUCUUGCGGCACGAGCAGUCGGCACAGGCGAUCGUCGUCGCCGCCGCCGCCGUCGCUUGUCCAACAUCAAACCACCGCGCUCAACUGCAGCUGCUUCCGCGCCCGUGGAUGUGAAAACUACGAACUGGACUCGACGCAAGCGGAAAUUUUCGCCAACCACAAACAGCAGCAUCGCUCGGUGGUCGAUCAACGUCCGCUCGCCGCUCGAGCCGAGCCACGGAACCCAGCGCCCCCUGCUCCCCCCCCCCAACCCGCGGUUUUUGGGGCGGUAGCGGUGAUGCGGGUGGCGCUGCCUGGAAUCUUAACCUGACAGAGCGCUGGCACGGAGCGGGGGGGGGGCGGGGGGCGCGUGCAAUCGAUGGAGCGAAACACUGAGUGGAGGAGCCCGGCCGACGAGACGUUGCAAACAGCGAGGUCGAAUCAUCGCAGCCACCUGCACACGCGUCGGACGCACGUCAUUUCUAGCGAGCGAUUCACACGACCUAUUGAGCCGCCGCUUAGGUGUUUGCAUCACACUUCCCCCCGUCACCGUGGCGUCAUUCCUUCGUGUUGUGUCGUAAACGUAGCGGCGAGCCUGAUCGAUGGUUAUGAUGUACGUUUGACUGUCGGGCCGGCUUGCACGCGUCUGCAAAAGUUGCUGGGUGGGAUGGGGGUGGUGGGGGUGGGUGGGUGGCAACCUCUGUAACGUGAGCAGAGCGGUCGGCCGGAGCUGGAGGCGUUUAAAUCGAGCUCACCUGGGACAGUUUGUGGUCUCCUCUGACAAAGCCCGCGGAAAUGUAAAAGCAUCGGUCUUGAAAGUGUUGUGGUGAUAAUUAUGUCACGAUUGGCAAACACCGGGACUUUUAAAGCCCUGGGAAGACUCGCAGGUUUCCCAGGAGGGCCGCCACCUCAAUAAGAGGACGACCAGGACGGGUGGCAACCCCGGGAUGGCGUGCGGGGGGGGGGGCGGGUGGCCUGUCCUGGGUGUGGGGACGUGGGAGAUCAGGCGACCAUCCCCACGCCAAUCUGGACGAGGUGGGGCAGGACAAGCGGUGGCCUGUCGGUGGCCUGCGUCAUGGGCCAUCUUGGCUGCCCCUCGUGGAUCUCCGUAGCGGAGCGACCCCCACCAACUCAGAGAUCGUUUCCGUGCGUCCGACCCCGAUGGAAAGAAACUCGGCUCGAGCUCUCGGACGAUGUCUCGAUGUGUAACGCGCUUCUGGAGGAAGAGCGGGCGUUUCUUUUUAAUUAUCAAGAACUGAGUUUCUUCAGAGAAGUUAUUUACGUCGCAAUACUUUGUCGUUGUGGUUUCGACACGGUUCCGUGGCGAAUGGAACAGUAUUUUGAAGAGAGAGGGGACGUGUGCUAAGGUCGCAUCACUGAGCAAACGCCGACGGCAGGUUUCCCUUUUCCCACCACUGCCUACGAACCUUGGUCGAGGACGCCGGGGCCGGGCUCCAUUCGUUGUGUCGAGCAAAGCUUCGUGGUCGCUGCGCGAUCCGGCAAAAGGAUUAUUUCACGGUAAGGGGGGUUGAGUUCCCCCAAAUUAUGAAUGAAUUUGAAAACUGCAAACAUUGGGCCUGAAAUUAUUUUUGCUUUCGGAUUCGAACAAAAUUUGAAUGGCGAAUGACGUCGCGCUCACAGCGUCGCUUCCCGGGCACAGAGCGGCGCAUUCACUCCCCGCGACCUGAUUGCACGCGAUGCGAAUUAAUCCGAAAUAAGAUCACACGUCGUCCUGGCUCGAUCUAAACUCCAAAGUUUUGAAUCGGGGACUCUCGUCCCCCGUGACUCGCGCCGCGAUCAUGAACGCAACGCAGCGCAGUUACGAGGUGGAAUCGUGCGCGAAUUUAUCACCCCGUGAAAAAACAAAACAUCUCAAGUGGGGCUCUCCACCAGAGAGGGGGGUCUGCUUGUGCUCGGCAGCGAGCCGAUCAGGGGAUGAGUGAAGGUCGACAAGCCGACUUUACGCGAAUAACCUCACCAAGGUACAGUUCGCUGCCAUUCCGCAGCAACGUUUUACGAGCGGCGUUUGAAGUUAUAUUGUCACGGGAGGGGGGGGGGAUGACAAUAUAACUUCACAGCCAGUUUUGGUUGUCUAAUUUUACCCAGCUAGUUGAGCAACAAGCCACGGGUGACCAACGGCAAACUCGAGAAUGCAAAUUCGCAGGCGUUUCGCGCUUUCAUUCCACGGCAUUGGCAGCAUUUGCUUGACGGGCUACGCACACUGCUGAUGUGGGAGAAUUCAACUGGUCUCAAGUCCACAUUCUUAACCAAACGAUGCAUUGCUUCAGGAGGCUCAAAGGCUGACCGACCCGAUACGUUCUUUAUUUUUGGGCAAAAGUAAGCAGCCCCCUUGAUGUCGCAAUUGCCACCAAGGUGACCCAUACAUUUUUUUGGACCCAUCCCUUUUUUUUUUCUCUCAGGGCGAACUGUCUUUGCCCUUCUUGUGGAAGGUGUGCCAGGCUGCGGGCGUGCCACCAAUGUCGCAAGGGCAGAAAGCGCACACCGAGUGGUAGACGCAUCAUGAAUCGAUCGUUGAGAUUACAUAAUUCAAAGUCGCGAGUUCAAUAAUCGAAUCGCGGUCAUGGUGGGAGUUUCCCCCCCUCCCUCAUCUUAUCGCACGCGAAACACUCCUCAUAUUUAACGGAAUUGGCCCAACGUCCCAAAAGCAGGGGGCAGCUCUUGGGGAAAAGCCCUUGAGACUCGGCGAUGCUUCUCCGGCCAAACAAUUUUCCCGUGACCAGAUCGCGUUGAGCGUGCCAAGUGCCCGCAUGGGUGCCGGGAUGCCAGGUGUAAGACGCCCCCCCCCCAUCCGCCAAACCUGGCAGGCUCGAACGGAACAAAAAAUAUUGAAUAUUCGAAGUCACAAUCCAUCAUCGUGAAAGGUAUCCAAGAUGCGGUGUGACGGCUGCAGAUAUUUUAUCUGGGAUGCUGGUAGACUGUGGGGGGGGGGGGGGGGGGUGCAGGAGGUGGCAGCGCGUGUGAGUUGGAACCACGUCCACAAAAGUAAAAGCUGUCGUGGAUGCGGUGUGCAAAGCUGUGGAAAUACCCUUUUAUCCGGGUCGCCGGAUGUCUUGACACACUAAGCCGGCCGGCGUGCGUGUGGACGUGACCUAUUCGCGCCGGUGUGGCACGGUUCAUUGCUCGGUGCGAUCGCUAUCGAGUGCCAAAGUGGCCGUUAACCUUCCACAAGCGUAAUGCAGGUUGUUGUCGGGGUUAGAUCGCGUAAAUAUAAAUGUGUCGUUAAAACCGCCACCACCCGACACGGCCAAUUAGUGAGGUUUGUCACGUAAACAGAACGUGGCCAAUUCGUCACUAGUGCAGCACUAACCGGUGUGUUGGAGAGCCAAGCCACAACAUUUACAAUGUGAGUACGACGUUUCGCCAGUAAUUACAACUAUCUUCAUCAGGCGUACUCGGAUUGUAAAUGUUGUGGAUUUAGUCUCCUUUCUAAUUGGCCUGUUUCGGUUGGUCACGGGUUUAACGACACAUUUAUAUUUUCACGUGAUUGAACCCAAAAAACAACUUGUACUAUGGAUGGUCGCGAAAGCCGCCGACUCCGUGUUCAACUUGACACAAGCGACCAGCGGAAGAGAGAUGAAACGGGGGAGCAGAAACUGACCUCAUAGUUAGCGCUAAUUCUAGAUUUGAAGCUUUCGUGACUGCAAGGAUUCAUAUUCUUAGGUUUUUUCGGUAAAGUCACGUAGGUAAAAAAAAAAUUAAAGUAAAAUAAAACAAUAAAAAAUUCACGACGUUUCGGAAGCAACACAAGCCUCCGUCUUCAGGUGGACCCGUCACAGCCACGACAGCUGUAUCAAGUAAAUGAUUCACGACGUUUCGGAAGCAACACAAGCCUAAUUGUCCUUCCGGGCGGAGGGGGGGGUGGUGGUGGUGGUGGUUAGUCGAGUCGUGUAACGAUUAAUCGAUGACAGCCUGCGACUGGACUUGCGAUACAGGCGUCAAGCGUCACGAGCUCUUGCCGUGUUUUCCACGCCGCGAGGCGCGUCCCACCCCAACCCCCAUGCAUUUCAAAGCCAAGGCGGGGAGUAGUGCGUCUUGUAAUCCGGUGGCCAUGGCGAUUGUCCCUUUUGUGCGAAGGGUAUGUCCCAGAGUGCUCUCGAGGUGGGGCACGGCGUCUGGGGCCAUCCAUUGAGUACGUACGCAUGGAGGGGGGAGGGGGGGUUAACCCAAAUGCGUUCGCUUGCGUAUGGGGGGAGGGGUUCUACUGACAAUGUACACAGGAGACGGGGUGGGGGGUGGUGAAGCCUCGAUAAUAAUUUGUCUACAUUGGCCUUCAAAUGAGUUGGAUAGUCCGGCGGUGUGGACUAUCUGUUUGCUUAAACACGUUAAUAUUAUUAAUCCUUGAUCGUUUCUGCGUGGAUUUAAUA